UGUGCAACUAUGUCGUGCUCUCAGCGAAAACAGAAACCUUGAUAAUAUGGGUUUCAGAGAUAUCCAGCAAGCUUUGUAUGAGCUUGCAUACCAUGUUGUCAGAGGAAACUUAAAGCAUGAUCAAGCUUCUAAUGUUCUUGGUGAUGUCAUAGAAUUUCGGGAAGACAUGCCUUCCAUCCUAGCUGAUGUAUUCUGCAUAUUAGAUAUUGAAACUAGUUGUUUAGAAGAAAAAAGUAAGAGGGAUCAUUUCACCCAACUGGUAUUAGCUUGUUUGUAUCUUGUAUCUGACACUGUCCUAAAGGAGCGUUUAGAUCCAGAGACGCUGGAGUCAUUAGGGCUUAUCAAGCAGUCUCAGCAGUUCAAUCAGAAAUCUGUUAAAAUAAAGACAAAACUAUUUUAUAAGCAACAGAAGUUUAAUUUGUUACGGGAGGAGAACGAAGGUUAUGCAAAGCUCAUUGCAGAACUUGGGCAGGACUUAUCUGGAAAUAUCACUAGUGAUUUAAUCCUUGAAAAUAUCAAAUCUUUAAUAGGAUGUUUUAACCUUGAUCCUAACAGAGUUUUGGAUAUUAUCCUAGAAGUUUAUGAGUGCAGGCCUGAAUAUGAUGACUUCUUUGUACCACUGAUAGAGUCUUACAUGUACAUGUGUGAACCUCAAACUCUGUGCCAUAUCCUUGGGUUCAAAUUCAAAUUUUAUCAGGAUCCAAGUGGUGAGACACCUUCCUCUUUAUACAGAGUUGCUGCUGUCCUUUUGCAACAUAAUCUCAUAGAUUUGGAGGAUCUUUAUGUUCAU